CUCCGCCACACCAAUCUCCAGAAAAGGGGAGAAGCAAAAAUGGUUUCUCUGAAGCUCCAGAAGCGGCUCGCCGCAUCAGUCAUGAAGUGCGGGAAGGGCAAAGUUUGGCUCGAUCCCAAUGAAAGCUCCGACAUCUCCAUGGCCAAUUCCCGCCAAAACAUCAGAAAGCUUGUGAAGGAUGGUUUCAUCAUCAGGAAGCCAACCAAGAUUCACUCUCGUUCCAGAGCUCGCAAAAUGAAGAUUGCCAAGAUGAAGGGUCGUCACUCUGGAUACGGUAAGAGGAAGGGUACCCGUGAAGCUAGGUUGCCAACAAAGGUACUGUGGAUGCGUAGGAUGCGUGUUCUGAGGCGUCUGUUGAAGAAAUACAGAGAGUCGAAGAAGAUUGACAAGCAUAUGUACCAUGACAUGUACAUGCGUGUUAAGGGUAAUGUGUUCAAGAACAAGCGUGUCUUGAUGGAGAGUAUCCACAAGUCUAAGGCUGAGAAGGCUAGAGAGAAGACUUUGUCUGAUCAGUUUGAGGCUAAGAGGGCAAAGAACAAGGCUAGCCGAGAAAGGAAGCAUGCUAGGAGAGAGGAGCGUUUAGCUAAGGGUCCCGGUGGAGAUGUUGCGCCUGUAGCUGCACCAGCACCUGCUGCUACACCUGCUCAAACUGCAGAUGUACCGAAGAAGAAGUCUAAGAAGUGAAGAGAGGAUAUAUAGUGAGAAGCUAUAUCGUCAUCAGUUCACGGAUUUGACUCUGAAGAAGGUUUUGAAUGUUUUAUCGAAUGCGUUUGUGGAAUAACUUUUAUUUUCGCAAAGAACAUAACUUAUGUCAGUUAAUCUUUAUGCUUUCAGAUUUUUAGUUUACAGUGUUUCAACAGAUUGCAAGAAGUUGUUCUUUUUUUGGUUUCUUAAUGUUUUUCGUUCAUCAUACACAAUUAAAAAAUCCAUCCAUAG